AUAUAUUUCUCUGGUCAAUCAAUGGUAUUUUGCAACGUACUGGGGAUUAAAAUUGAGAGUGUAUUUUAAAAUGACCAUUAAUAUUUAUAGAAUUGAUUCUUUAAUUCAUCCGGAGCUGUCGGUGUGAGAAGGGAGAACGGGUUAGAUAGAUAUAAAGGACAGACAGAAAACUGUUCUACCUCACUCAGAGGCGGGAAAUCAUGGCAUUGGAGGAAAUCAAGAGCAGGUUUGAGGGGAACUGGCAGUGUGUACAAACAGAGAACGUGGAACCAUUCCUGGAAGCCAUGGGUGUAAAUGUCAUCAAACGGAAGGCAGCCUCUGUGCUGAAACCAAACCUGAUCAUCACGGUGAAAGACGGAAAGCUGGAGUUUGUCCGGAAACUCCCGAUGAAGGAAGUAAGGAACCAGUUUGCCCUGGAUGAAGAGAUCGAAGUAUCAGAAGAGGAUCAUAAAUACAAGGCAAAAGUGACCUACUCUGAUGGAAAAAUGAAGAUUGAAUUAAAAGCUACAGAUGGUAAAUCUAAAGACAAUGUGGUAAUAAGAGAAAUAGAGGGAGAUAAUCUAAUACAAACGGCAACUUGCGAUGGGGUGAUUGCGAAGACGACUUUCAAAAAAUCUUAAUUUCUCAGAUUAAUUAUCAUUAAUAUAAUAUAUAAUAUUGUGGCAUUGUGUAAUAAAAGGGUUUGUACAGUC